UUCGAGAGAGAGAUCAAAGAGAGAGAGAGAGAGAGAGAGAGUGAGAGAGAGAGAGCUCGAAUUCGAUCGAGGAUUCGGAGGAGGAGCCAUGGCGCGUAAGAAGAUCCGUGAGUACGAUUCGAAGCGCCUCCUCAAGGAGCACCUCAAGCGCCUCGCCGCGAUCGAUCUCCAAAUCCUAUCGGCUCAGGUCACGCAAUCGACGGAUUUUACGGAGUUGGUGAACAGGGAGCCGUGGCUCUCGUCGAUGAAGCUGGUGGUGAAGCCCGACAUGCUGUUCGGGAAGCGCGGGAAGAGCGGACUGGUGGCGCUCAACUUGGAUCUGGCGCAGGUCGCGCAGUUCGUGAAGGAGCGGCUCGGCGUCGAGGUUGAGAUGGGUGGGUGCAAGGCUCCAAUUACCACCUUCAUUGUCGAGCCGUUUGUGCCCCAUGAUCAAGAAUAUUAUCUUUCGAUCGUAUCUGAGCGGCUUGGUUGCACCAUUAGUUUCUCGGAGUGUGGAGGGAUCGAGAUCGAAGAGAACUGGGACAAGGUCAAGACUGUUUUUCUCCCCGCAGAGAAGCCCUUGACUUCGGAGGCCUGUGCUCCAUUGAUCGCAACACUCCCCUUGGAGGUAAGGGGUAAAAUUGGGGACUUCAUAAAAGGGGUUUUUGCUGUUUUCCAAGACCUGGACUUCACAUUCCUUGAGAUGAACCCGUUUACCUUGGUCAAUGGGGAGCCAUACCCACUGGAUAUGAGAGGAGAAUUGGAUGACACAGCGGCUUUCAAGAACUUCAAAAAGUGGGGAGACAUAGAGUUCCCUCUCCCUUUUGGUAGAGUCCUGAAUCCUGCGGAAAGCUUUAUCCAUGAAUUGGAUGAAAAGAGCGUAGCGAUAACAUGCUAUCCUCUUCUACUUCAGACAAGUGCAUCUCUGAAAUUCACGGUUUUGAAUCCUAAAGGGCGGAUAUGGACCAUGGUUGCAGGUGGUGGUGCCAGCGUCAUAUAUGCUGAUACAGUUGGAGAUUUGGGCUACGCAUCAGAGCUAGGCAACUAUGCAGAAUAUAGUGGCGCUCCAAACGAGGAAGAGGUUCUGCAAUAUGCCAGAAUAGUUCUUGAUUGCGCGACUUCCGAUCCUGAUGGUCAAAAGAGAGCCCUUCUCAUUGGAGGGGGCAUAGCUAACUUCACCGAUGUUGCCGCCACUUUCAACGGCAUUAUUCGUGCCCUAAGAGAGAAGGAAGCUAAGUUAAAGGCUGCAAGGAUGCACAUUUACGUUCGAAGAGGCGGUCCAAAUUACCAGACGGGGCUGGCGAAAAUGCGGACCCUGGGUGCGGAGCUGGGCAUUCCCCUCGAGGUUUACGGACCGGAGGCUACAAUGACGGGAAUAUGCAAACAAGCCAUUGAUUGCAUAAUGUCUGCUGCAUGAAUCAAACCGUAGAAAAAAAAGAAAAGAAAAGAAGAAAAAUCGAGUUUUAGUGUGAUUAUUUAUUCAUGCUCAGUGAUUUGGUGAGAACAUCCAUGGAGAGAGCUUAGCUUAAUCGUGGUGUGCUCUGCAGAGUAUAAUAUAACCCAUGAAUGGUUUCUUUUUGUGCUCUGGAUGUAAAUUUUAGUUGGAUUUUUUGUUUUUUUUUUGUUGCAAAUAAUUAAUAAACUUAUGCACAUGAGCUUCUGUAUUUUUUU